AUUAUAUUUUAUAGCUAUAAUGCAUUUGGUAUGAAUGAUCAUAAUAUAAUUACAUUUGGUGUUUUGUUGCAUGUUAUCAAGAAUAAUUAAUGCAGUUUUAGUUCCAAGUUUUGAGAAAGCCAAUUUUGAGAUCUAGUAGCAGCAGUUAGCUUUAGAUGAUUGGCCAGCUUUGUUAAAGGGAAAUGCUAAAGAAAUGAGGGAAACUUUCCAGUGCUAAAUUUGUUUUUAAUUGAAGACAGGCAUGUUCUGUUUAGGAAAAUAAAGACUACUAUGAUGAAUAAACAUAGGUAGUUUAAUAGAGACAUAAAAAAUAAAAUUACAGAUUAAACUAUAGGUUUGAAAUUGAGAGGAUUGUAGAACAGUUAGGAAAUUAGGAUAUCAAAAAUAACUUAAAAGGAGCAGUUGGCACAUAAUGUUAGAAUUAACAAAGAGUUUCUUUAGAAGUUUUACAAAUAAUCAUAAUGUGAGAAUGAAAAAUCAUACUUCUGAAGGAUGGGGUGAAGUUUUUGUUGACUUUAUGAUAGUUGUACUUUUAAUAGAUGUUUUUUCAUUGGUUUUCAUUAGGGAGGAUUUGUGUCGGAAACCUGACCCUGAAAACAUGUUUGGAGGAAAUGUUAAGAAUGUGUAACAGAGAUGUAAUUUGUUCUUAUCAACAGCUUGAGUUUAAACAUAGAUAAGGAUCCUGGACCUAAUAAUAUUCCUCAAUUAUGUUGAUGAUAUUAAUUGGGACAUAUUUAUUAAAUUUUUUAAGUUUGUUGAUGAUAUAAAAAUUUAGAUCUGGCUGGCUUAACAAGGAUUCUGUGGUUUUUAUUGAGAAAUUUAGCUCAGUUGGUUAGUAGAACAAACUGUAUUGGGUGGUGUUUAAUUACGACAAGUGUAAGGUUAAGCAUGUGAAUUAACAUAAGUUACAGAUAGAAUUUAAAUGGAAAUCCUCUUGGUUACUUGGAUGAAGAAAGGGUUGUUGGGUAUUAGUUAAUACAAUUCUUAAACCUUUGAGACAGUGCUCUGUUGGAAGUGGUAAAGUCAACAGAAUUUUGAGUUGUGUAUUUUACAUAUAAGGAUAUCAAAUAUAAGUUUCAAAAAUUCAUUGUGACUAGUUAAGCCUCAUUUGGAGUAUUGGGUGCUGUUUUGAUCUUCUUAUUUUGGAAAGGACAUUGAGUUGUUGAAGAGUGUUCAGAAGAGAGCUACUAGGAUGAUUCCAAGGAUGCAUGGGUUGUCAUUUGAAGAUGGGUUUAAAUCCCUAACUUGUUUUUCCUUGAACUGUUGAAGGGUGAUGUAAUUGAAGUACUCAAAAUUGAAUAAUGAGCAAGUUAAUUUAAGAAAAUAGUAAUCAAUAAUAUAUAUUAUGCUCAAAUGACUAAAUAAUGAUAAGAAAUCCUUACCCUAAUUCUUAUUUUUGUGACAUAAAUGAAAUUUAGAAGAAAAUAUGACACUUCAUGAGCUUUAUCCAGUUCAUAUUAACAGUUGUUGUCAAGCUGUUUGCUAAUAUAAAUAGCAUCUGAACCACUACUGUGCCUGACUUAUCCAAGCUAGCCUGAAGAGCCCUGUUAUUGGGUGAAAAGCUUUAUCAGCACUGGAUGUAACAGAUACAGUGUUGUUGACAAAUUAUUAUACAUUCUUCUUUACUUUUAUUUGAAAGUUCUUAAUAAUUAUCAACAUAAUUCUCCUUCUGACUAAAGGAACAGUUUAAUUCAAGAAAAAAAUAAAUAUAUGGUGUUAAGGUAAAUAACAAUCUUUACUUUAAUUCUUGUGUUGUAACAUAAAUAAAAUUUGGAAUAAAUUACAUUUCUUGAACUUAAUCCAGUUUACACUGUAACUGUUAUUGUCAAGGAGAUUGCUGGUAUAAAUAGUAUUUCAAGCACUGCUGUGUCUGUUGUAUCUCAGAUGACCUGAAUAGCUCUGGUUUUGAGGGAAAGGCCUCAUCAGCAUAGUAUAGUUGAUAUGUUAUACACUUCAAUACUUUCACUUGAAAGUUGUUAUUAUUGAUAACAUAACCUAAGUACAGUAAGGAACCAUUUGAUUUUUCAAGGCUGCCCUUGUAUAUCCAUCCUAGGGAAAAGUAAAAAUGUAAAUCCACCUUUUACUUUUCAGGAAAUCAACAGUUCCCCUCUAUAACAUAUGAUAAAGUGCUGGCAUUCACUACUACUAAUGGUUAUCCUUAACACUUAACAGUGAUUUGGAAGUUCUCAGAAUGGCUGUUAGGAGCCUUACUGAGGUUUUUGUGUUGAUGAGAAAUAAUGCUCUGCAAAGUAGGCAUAUCUUCUCUGAGCAGGCUUUAGAUGAUCGAGCUGCAUUGGUUCCAUGUCAUGAUGUGGAGAGAGGUAGUACAUCACCCAGAGACACCAAACUACCACCUUCAUGGGUGGAUGGGAUUGAGGAAGUGGAAUAUGAGAUGACCAAAAUAAAGCAGAAAAUGAAAGAACUUGUUACUCUGCAUGAAAAAUAUUUAACAAGACCUACACUUGAUGAUAGUACUGCUGAGGAACAAGAGAUUGAAGUCUUGACACAAGACAUUACACGUAUGUUUACUCACUGUCAACGGUUAGUUCAUCAGAUUCGUUCACGAAGUCAUAGUGCGAGUCUCCAGGAGUCAAGAGUGAACAAAAAUGUUGUUAUGUCCCUUGUUGGAGCAUUACAGGACCUGUCUGUCACCUUUCGAUCAGCUCAGGGCUCCUACUUAAAGAAGCUGAAAUCAAGAGAAGAACGUUCUGAGCAGUUUUUCACCACUCCCCUUUCACCUGUUAGUGAUGGUGGCCUUGCUGACAAUUUACAUGUGGACCAAAUGUUUGAACAAAAAUUUUCCCAAGAGCAGCUGCUUCAGAUAGAUGAUAACACCUGCAUGGUAGAACAGCGUGAAAGGGAAAUAGCUCGUGUAGUUCGAUCAAUAGCUGAGCUGAAUGAGAUAUUUAAAGACUUGGCAACAAUAAUCACGGAUCAGGGAACCAUUCUGGAUAGAAUUGACUACAACCUGGAGCAUGUCCAAACCCAAGUUCACCAAGGCCUACAAAAAUUACAGAAAGCUGAGAACUAUCAACGUAAAAACCAUAAAAUGCUAUGUAUAUUGAUUUUAGCAGCAACAACAGUUUUUUUGAUAAUACUUCUUGUUGCUUUAAAGUCUCAUUAGGAUUGUCUUGCAGACAUACUAAUACGUUUCUGAAUCUCAGCCUGAGACAACUGUACACAUAAAGACUUCAUAGACAGGUAGUUCCUGCAUUUGUAGCUCCAUAUGUAAAGUGUUUGAUGUAAAAUGAGAGCUUCCAUGUAACAUAUAUUUUUUUUGUUCUACAAAAAUUGUUUGUCUGAAUAUCAUUGUAUUCAAAAUGAUGUUUAUCCGUCGUAGAAUAUGCUUAAGAAUGAUAAAGAAUACCAAACAAGGGUGGUUAAUAUCAUUACCUUCAAAUGUGUGACAGUAAAAACUUCUCAUUAUGUUUGGAGUAAAUUGAAGGUGAUAUUUUACUGAAUUGCUUACUUUGUCAGCGGAACUAGUUACAGUAGCUGAGAGGCUGACUGACUUGGCAUGAUUAGGCUCUUAUAUAUAUUUAACGAUAAUGAAAAAUAAGUUAGUCUCCUGUAGUGUAAAAUAUGAUGUAUGGGCACACAGUUAGGUAAUGCAAGUCUUUUUCAUAUAUUUAUGCCUUAGUUAUAGAAAUUAUUCCAAUAUUGUUCUUUUCAUCAUAGUGAAAACAAAAAUAUUUUUUGUUAAAGCAUGUAGGAAGCAACUAAAGAGAUGAGGAUUUUAGAAACUAUAACAGUUACAAUCUCAAAGCAAGAUUAGAUUUUUUUUUUUUUUUUUUAAUAAGUACUGUGUUUUCUAAAGCCAUAAACUCGAUUAAGACUUCUCACCAGUUAAGUGUUAACACAUUUAUCUGUCGUACUGCUAUUUGUGGCCAGGCAUGAAGAAGAACACCAAGAUUUUUCAGUAAGAUAAUUCCAGUACAUUUCCAUAAAGCCAACUGUGAUGCAUUAAAGUUUAAUAAUAAAAAAAAAAGCUUCAAAUUGUUUGACUUCCAUGACAACUUGAAUUGAGCAGGGUAAAAGUUUAAUUUUUUUGACACGCUAGAUUAUGAUUACAAAACUUCUACUUAAACUUAUAUUUAAUUACAGCAAUUAAUGAGUAAUUGGGCAAUUUCAAGUUCUUAAUAGUCAUCCUCUUAAACGUAUUAAAAAUAUUCUUAAACUUGUAAGACCCAAAGAUGUAUGUUGAAUAUUUAAAGAAAGAACUGAGAAUUAUCUUGGCUUUAACCCUCGAGUGAUUAGCUUAAAUUUUUUUUUUAAAUGGUUGCAAAAUGUCCUAUAAUCUAAUCAUAAUAGUAAAUGUUAGUGAUUGUCCUGACAAUAUUGUACUCUUGCUGAAUGGAUCUUAAUGUAAAACUGAUUGUUCUAGGAAAAUUUGCUUUAUAUAUAUAUUUAUUAAUUUCUUUUCCCCAUCAAAAUAUGAAUUUCAGUGAAGAAUAGAUGAUGUUGAGGCCUAAUCUAUUCUUUUAUUCACUACUCCCACUGCAGCAGACUAGUUUUGUUAAAUUCAUGGCUCAUCAGUGCUUCCUGGAAAAGUGAAGCAACUAAAUAGAGAAGGCUUCAUAUAGUAGUGGAAUGUAAGCAAUUUGUUUGAAUUUAUACCUCAAAACCAAACAAACCCUGCUUUAUUUGACACCAUAACAUGCAUAUCUAUAUAGUUGCUAUGUUAUAGAGAUCAUAAUGGUGAUUAUGGUCCCAUUAAACCGUGGUUUAUGUUAUCACUGAUGAUUUAAAAUUAUUUCUAAUUAUUUAUAGUUCAAAUGCUGCCAGCAUAGUUUCUGCUUUCAAACACAUUUAGUUUUAUCCUUAUGUAUGAGAUUAGUAAACUGUUUUUCCUGAAUUAUGUAUGUUUCUUAUGGAUUAGUUAAACUAUUAAUAAGACAAUUUGAUAAAUAAAAUUGUAAUAGCUGUAUUCAGCAUGCACAAGAUGUUCAGUGUUUCUAACAUAUAUUACAAUGAACAAUCUGUUCAUCAAUAAUUGCUUUCUCUAUGAUGUACAUUGUGUCUUCAGGUUUUUGUGGUAAGAAAUGGCAAAUAAAUCAAUAAUUCAACAAUUGUAUAAAAGAAGUUGUCCAUAGCUCAUAAAAAUGCUGGUUUAACGUUAGUGGCUCUUGCUUACAAACAUUAUUUUUCUCUCACGUUCUUUGAUCUUAAAAUCAGGGAUUAAAGUGAACAUAGUGAUUACUACAUUGAUUUAAAAUUAAUCUCUCUGUGAUGUAUUUGUAAAACAGAAACCAAGCAAUUAAAGAAUGUGUAAAUACUAAUAGUAUCUUCUAAAUGUAAAUUUAAAUUAACCUGGUGGCUUUAUUUUAAAUUAGAUUAAUAAUAAAAUGAUGCUUUUGUACCAGCAGUCUCUGUGAAACAUGUUAUUUCCUACUUCUAUUAAGUCUGUUGUACAGUUGUUUAUUAUGACUCUGUAGUAAUACAUUGCCAAUUACAUGUAUGCUGUUGUAAAUAAACAAAAAAUUACAUGUUAACAAAAUAGUACCUGGUUAAAGGAAAACAUGUAAUAAGUUUAUAUCUCACCAAUAAAGAUUUAUUAAAGUCAAAUAAAUGGGCUAAAGUUGUUCCGAGAGACAUGCUGCCAUUAUUAUGAGUCAACACAUCUAAAUAUUCAAGUCCAAGAUAUGCUGUCAGUUAUUGUGGCUUAACAAAUUUAAAUGUGCAAUUCCAGUUACUUGCUGUAAGUUAUGGGUUGACAAUGUUCAAGUGCUAAAUCUCAACAGAGUGCUAGCACAGUGUUGUUGAAGGAAAUAUCAGUUUUUAAAAAUACAAGCCAUUCAUACUGAAUUUUCUUGUUGUGAUAAAUAGGAGGUAUAAUGAACAUUCUGUAGCUAUAUACAUUAGAUGAUUAAAUAGCAAUGUGGUGAUUGAAAAAAAUAAAUUUUUCGUAUCUAUCAUUUAGUCCAGUUUUUGUUGUUUUAUAUUUCAUCAGAGUAAAUUGUUGUUGAUGUAAUGGAAUUAAUGUUUUCAGAUUAAUGAAGGAAAGUGAACUUCAAGUGAGUGUUAAAAAAAUUGAGCUUUUAAAAUGAACAAAAAGUUUAGUUUUUAAUUCUUAAGUUAAUAAAAUCCAGUGUAAAAUUAGAAAAUUUGAUUUAACAUUAUAUAACAGCAUCAACUUUUCAAUCUGAGUUAUUGAGAGCCAUUUAAUUUUUUUUUUCUUAAUCUAAUUGUUAACUUGGUAAUUAUAUCCUGAAAGUUUUUGUGUUUAUAUGUAGAAAGGUAUUUAUAUUGUUUAGACUAUGAAGUGUUCAAAUACAUAAUGUUUACAAAACAUUGUAAUCGUGUAUACAAGGUGACUUGAAUGUGUGUUUGUGUAUGUGUGUAUACAUAAUGUUUUUGCAGAUCCUGUACAUUUGGUCUGUAGUGUCUUUAGAAUGUUACGAGUUUUAAACACAAACCUUGACAUAUGUCAAAAGUUGAUGUGUUUCCCAAACAGGUCUUUUAUUUUAUAGAUAAAUGCUCUUAUAAAAGCACCAUAUUGUAAAAUGAAAAAAGGUUUAGUAAUAAGUAAUUUAGACUGAUAAUUACAGAAGCUGGCCUUGUAAAUAAUAAAUGUAUUAUUUGUGAAUAACAUAAAAUAUGAAUAUUUAAAAAAGAUAAUGUUAAGUCAGUACAGCAUAAGUAAUUUAGGCUAACAAUUACAGAAGCCAGCCUUGUAAAUAGUAACUGUAUUAUUUGUGAAUAACUUAAAAUUUAAAUAUUUAAUGAAGAUAAUGUCACUACAGUGGCCACUUGCAUCAACAUUCCAUUUUUGUGCAUAAUUUUUGCAUAAUAAAUAUAAAGUAAGAAUUUGUGUUGUGAAAUCUUAAGUAAUAUACAAAUGUGAAUAAGAAUAUCUGAGUUGUGUAGGCAAUACAGGUUUUAGCAAUAUUACACUAUUCAAGAUCAUGCACUUUUUGUCAAAUAUGGAAAAUAACAUUCGUUAUGAAUAAAUAAAAAGAACUUGUCCAACAGCUUAGAAAUGUGGUCUUUAGAAACUUCCAAAAAAUUACAAGUAUUUGUUUAUCUCUUUGAAAUAAUUGUAUUGUUCUUGGAAUGUUUGGAUUUUUUGCAGAAUAAAAUCAUGUUUGACUUGGU